AUGGCUGUAGUUGUGGCCAAACGGGAAGGCCCCCAAUUCAUCAGUGAAGCGGCCGUCCGAGGGAAUGCAGCUAUCCUGGAUUACUGCAGGACGUCGGUGUCCGCCCUCUCCGGAGCGACGGCAGGGAUUCUUGGCCUGACCGGCCUUCACGGAUUCAUCUUCUACUUCCUAGCCUCUGUCCUGCUCUCGGUGCUUUUGGUCCUAAAAGCUGGGCGGCGGUGGAGCAAGUACUUUAAAUCUCGACGGCCCCUUUUUACCGGGGGGCUGAUCGGGGGCCUCUUCACAUACAUCCUCUUUUGGACUUUCUUGUAUGGCAUGGUGCACGUUUACUAGGAGGAAUGCGCCAAGCUCGAGUGGUUC